CAGAGUCUCGAGACUUUGUGCCACAGGAAAAUACCAGUUUCUAUUCUCAUUGAAAGCCCUUUUAACAAGAGCUAACUAAUAUAUGUACUCGUUUCUAGAUCUAUUAAGCCCGCUGUUCUCCAUUCCGACUUCAUCGACCCGUGUCUCGGUCUGCCUCCGACAGCAAAGAACAUAAAUAAGCUCGCGAUGGCGAAUAGGUUCACCACCCUUGGUGAGACUUGGUAUCCAGACAGCCUUCCUCAUUUAACCAUCAGUACUGCGCACGACAUUGAGCCGGACGAGCGGCUCGUCCGUAAUAAAUUACUUUUUAUCACCGGGAUUAUGAUCACUAGGCUGGAGGUCGCCUAUCUCAGUGAACAUACCAUUGUGCCUGUCAUGAUGAUUUCCUCCUUUGGCUAUAGAAAGGCUCGGAUCUUGCAAGCUCAUUUCGACCACGGGCGUCUCAUUAUCCUGAAGAUCAAGCUGUACGAUUCCUCAACGCUGGAACAAUUCAACCAGAAAGUCGACCUCUUCAUGCUCUAUCUUUCUAGUGAUUGUGUUGGUCAUACGACGGUGGUAGAUGCGGGUUGGAUUACGGAGCGCCCAGAACAGCAAAAGUCGGGUGUUAAUUUCAGGUUUGUGAAUGGAAAAUGGCGUACGGAGUUUUGGUGCUUCUUUUUCUCCUUUUCUUCUUCAUUUGGUGCAACAAUUCAGGGAUCGUUUCAAUCAUCAUCACAGUCGUCCACCUCCUUGCGGAGAAAUUACAUGCGCAUGAGAGAUAUGCCGUUUUCUGUGAAUUGAGUAUAAUAUUAAGAAUAUGGUUCGAUUGCAUCUUAUCAUAUACUGUA